UUGGGUUGCAUGGCGUUCGUAAUUGUCAACUGUUAACCAGGGAUCUUCCUAAGAAGGGGUCAAUUGAUUUCGGAGUUUAGUCUUGGUAUCGACCGAAAAACCUGACAUGCCGAGGUUCGUAAACGCUAAUAGAUGAACUUUGUCUUCUUUAUUCGCAUUUAUAAUCCCACGGUUGAAUGAUUUACUAGGAGCUCUUGGUAACAUCAGGUCAUAAUGCUGACGGACGUGUCUUUCACUCACAUUGCGGUGGCCAGUGUAUUAUCACUGGUCCUCACCUCAAUCUACUAUGUUGUCCAAUGGACAAGACAUGAAAUCAAAAUCAGAAAGGUAGGCGGCACACACGCCCCUACUCUUGCGAACAAUCCUAUCUCAGCGGCGAAGUGGUUCUACGCUGCGGCCAAAGCGCAAAAGAACCAUCAACUCCUCAAGCAUUUCAAUAGCUAUUUCGACGCGGCAACUCCGGAGAGUCCGAACUGCGUCGAGGUCCGAUUCUUGCCGCGAGAGAGAAAUAUUAUCACUAGGGACCCAGAGCAUAUCAAGGCAGUACUCACAACCCAAUUCUCUGACUUCGGAAAGGGGGAAGAGUUCCAUGACCUAUGGAAGCCAUUCCUUGGUGAUUCCAUUUUCACAACAGACGGCCAGCUCUGGCAUGAUAGCCGCAGCAUGAUCAGGCCGAUGUUCAUCAAGGACAGGGUUAGCGACUUAGCGACGUUCGAGAGAUGGGUAUCCGUACUCCUUGACGCGCUUCCUACAUCUGGGCAGACGGUGGAUAUUAUGGAUUUCUUUUAUCGAAUGACCCUCGACGUAACCACAGACUUCCUCCUCGGAGCGAGUGUUGAUAGUUUGCGCAAUCCCAAGGGCGAUUUCGUAGAAGCGUUUAACGACGUGCAAAGGAUACAGAUGAUGCUUACGACAGUUGGACCAUUCAAAUCCCUGAUUUCCCGCCGGGCCUAUAACGAAGGGAUCAAGAAGAUAGAGAAAUUCAUCAUGCCCUAUAUCGAGCAAGCGAUGGCGUUGCCGCAGGAAGAGCUGGAAAAGCUGUCGAACUCCGAUAAACACUUUACUUUCCUGCAUAGCAUUGCGCGCUAUACCCGUGACCGCAAGGUACUUCGCGACCAGAUCAUCGCCGUGCUCCUAGCCGGGCGCGACACAACGGCUGCCACACUGUCAUGGGCAUUCUACGAACUAUCCCACUACCCCAAGAAGUACAGCAGGCUUCGUAACGAAAUCCUCAGCGCAGUCGGUCGAUCGCAAACUCCUACAUACGAGGAUCUCAAGAACAUGUCGUACCUACGACACACUAUAAACGAGACCUUGCGAUUGUAUCCUGCUGUGCCUUUCAACAUACGCUCUGCGUUGGUAGAUACGACGCUCCCGGGUACGCUGGGAAAUCCGCCUAUUGCAGUGGUGAAAGGCGACGUCGUAGUUUAUAGCUCCCUCUCGAUGCACCGCCGAAAGGAUCUAUACCCUCCAACGUCGGAUAAAUUCGAAGAUCCUGCCAUAUUCUCUCCUGAGAGAUGGGAGGACUGGACGCCGAGGCCGUGGCAAUAUUUGCCUUUCAACGGUGGUCCACGUAUCUGCGUAGGACAGAAUUUUGCCAUUACUGAGAUGGCGUACUGCAUGGUACGAAUCCUUCAGAAGUACGAACGCAUCGAGUACCGCGGGAAUUGGUACGCACAGCAGAUCGAAACGGAGAUCGUUGGGAAGCCAAACAAAGGUGUAAAGAUUGGCUUAUACGAAGAGGGCGCAAAGACGGCGGGAAACCCAGAGCCAUUCACUGUUUAGGAAGAAUUAUUCAUGCUGAGUACCUAUUAUGUUGUAUGUUGAGUAUAAGUUGAUAGCAUACUCCGCUCCUUAAGGGGUUGUAAGAAGAUACUCUUAUCGUAUGUAUGUAUAUAUUAUAUGCUCUCGGGAAAUGAUGAGAGCAUGUGAGUUUAUGAAUUUAGGAAAUAUAUUAAUAUUAUGAGAUAAGAUAAGGAGGGUGUUUGUCU